GGCGCGCGGGUCCCGUGCGGCGCGGAGGGCCGGGCAGUGCGCCUGUGCGGCCGGCGCAGCCUGAUGGAGCGCGGUGGCGGCGGUGGGGCCGGUGCCCGAGCUGAGGUGACUGCGCGGGGCACCUUGACCCUGGGAAGGUUGGCCGAACCAGGCUCGGUGCGAAGCUCGUCACCCGGCCAGCGGCUGUCUGGUAUGGAUGGAUUUUUGAAAUCAGAUGAGAGACAAAGAUUAGCCAAAGAAAGACGAGAAGAAAGAGAGAAAUGCCUGGCUGCCCGGGAACAACAGAUUCUGGAGAAGCAGAAGAGAGCCAAGCUCCAGUAUGAGAAGCAAAUUGAGGAGCGAUGGCGGAAACUGGAAGAGCAGCGACAGCGGGAGGAUCAGAAGAGGGCUGCUGUGGAAGAGAAGAGGAAGCAGAAGCUGCGGGAGGAGGAGGAGCGGCUCGAGGCCAUGAUGCGCCGUUCUCUGGAGCGCUCGCAGCAGCUGGAACUGAAGAAGAAGUGUUCAUGGGGAGCAUCCCAGGCCACAGGACCUGGAGUUCGGGAUGGUGAAUCUGAAACUGCCCCACCCCCUCCUCUAGCUUUAGCAGCCAGCACUCUUGCUCCGGAUGCAGGGGCCGCCGCCGAGUCUGCCAACGCAUGUGACACACUCUCAACAUCAGCCAUGAAUUUGCCCAAGCAGACGGAGCCUCCCAUGAGCAAACGCCUGUCUUCAUCCACUGCGGCAGUAUCCUAUUCCCCAGACCGAGCUUCUUCUGGCCUUUUAAAGUCUUCUUACAAAUAUUCUCCCACUCGAACAAUCGAGAAGAAGGCUGUACCUACAUCUGGCAUUGGAGAUGCUGAGAAAGGAGCCCCCGCAGGAGCAGAGGCCUCCUUGAUGGAUAAGGUGAAGAAAGGGCUACGAGUGACAACUUCUGUUCCUUCUGGUGGCCUUGGGUCCCCUCUGAGAAGAUAUGAUUUUUCCAAAGGCAUGUCUGAGAGGCCGUCGUCUCCUAUAAUAUCCAAGACUUCGAAAGCAUAUCCACAGUCUCCAAAGACGAUGAAGCCUCCAUACGUAGGGUCUCCAGUGAGACACCGCUCUCCCGUCCCUCCCAGUCAGGAAGUGCUGAAGAAGAAAGCAGAGAAAGAGAAGAGCAGCAAGGAAAGGGAAGAUGCUUUGGCUCAGCAGAUGGCUGCGCUGCACGUGGAGGAAGCCUCCGAGAAGCGCGGAGUAGUUGAUAAGCAUGCAGGAGGAAAGGCCGAAGUUAGCUCAGGCUUAGGGAAACCCACGGCAGGCACCGCUGAUGCAGAAGAAGCUGCAAAAAUCCUGGCUGAAAAGCGGCGACAGGCCCGGCUGCAGAAAGAACAGGAGGAACAAGAACGACUGGAGAAAGAGGAACAAGACAGGCUAGAGAGAGAGGAACUCAAGAGAAAGGCAGAAGAGGAAAGGCUUUGCCUGGAAGAAGAAGCCCGCAAACAGGAAGAGGAAAAGAAGCAGCAGGAAGAGGAAGCCAAGCAGAAGGCUGAGGAGGAGCUGCUCCUGAAAGAAAAGCAAGAAGAAGCCGGGAGUGAGAAGCAGCCUGUACCUUGGUUUGCUUGUUUCCAUCAGAAAGCAGCCGCAGAAGCCAAGGCCCAGGAGGCAGCUAAGCACCUGCGUCUGGAGAGAGAGCAGAUCAUGUUGCAGAUUGAGCAGGAGCGACUGGAGAGAAAGAAGAGGAUAGAUGAAAUCAUGAAGAGAACAAGAAAGAGUGAUGUACCUCUAGAAGUAAAGAAAGAAGAACCCAAAGUAGAGAUUCAGCCUCCUGUGUGUAUGGAAAAUAAGAUAAAACCAGUUAUCCCCGACAAAAUAGAAAUCAGUGGGUUGAACACCUGCCAGGAAGUUAAUGGUGUAGGGCACACUGCCCCGGAAGUUAAUGGUGUAAGGCACACUGCCCUACAAGUUUUUCCUCCAGACAUUUUCUCAAAUGGGCUUAAACCAGCUGGGGGACUCAUUCAUCUGGAUGCCCUUGAUGGAAAAUCAAACAGUUUAGAUGAUUCUACUGAAGAGGUUCAGUCUAUGGAUGUGAGUCCUGCUUCAAAAGAAGAGCUUAUAUCCAUCCCAGAGUUUUCACCAGUGAGUGAAAUGAUUCCUGGGAUGUCUCUGGACCAAAAUGGAACUGGCAAUGCCCGAGCACUUCAAGAUCUCUUAGAUUUCACCGGCCCCCCAGCGCUCCCCAAGCAAUCCAGUGAAAAUCUCAGCUUGGAUGACUGUAAUAAAAACCUUAUUGAAGGAUUUAACAGUCCUGGCCAAGAAACCAGUCUGCACAGCUUCUGUUGACUAAUGCAGCAUAACUUUAAUGAAGGUGCUGCUUGGCAACUGUGAAUCUGCUGCUGUCACCUGAAGCUCCUGUCAUCCUUAACAUGUGGAUCCCGGGUGUUAGCUGCCAUGUCACUGUCUCCCUC